AUGAGCUCGCUCAAUACUCUUUUCCCGAACCUGCCCCCCAGAUUCGAUCCCCACAUCACCAUCACCAGCAACUUGGUCAUCGACCGGGCUGCUCCGCACGAUGAUGUGGAUCGAAUUCUCUCGGCCAGUGCCGUGGCCUUCGACUCAUUUGCCAAAGAUCACUCUCAUAUAGUGACUCUCGGGAGAGUCGAUAGCCAAAGGAAGUUCUUCAAAAAGCUUUAUUUCCAAGCAAAAAAAGACCCCAAUUUGCUUUCAUUGACGAGAAUUAUACGUGAGUUAUUUGUCAUACUACCUUCCAAGAUCGAAAAGGAGAACCAGAAGGAAAACCCCCAUUUAUACACUAAUGACAGCCAUGGGAAUCUUGUGAAGCGUAAACCUUCAAAGAAAGACAAGACUCGAAACCCAGCCGAACAGCAUCCGCUCAAGGAAUUGGAUAUAUCUAGACUACGAGAGGAGGCAGCCAUUGAAGCGGCCGAAUGGACAUUGAACGAGUUUGAUCCUCAUCUUUCCCUUGUGUAUAGUGACAUCUACCCUAUUGACAGUGCAUUAUGGAGAACAAUUAAAACUCGGAUCCAGGACUACUUGAACAUUAACGAAUGUGACGCCGAGGACCUAGAAGAUAACGGGUUGUCCUGGGACGGAGGUGUGUUGAAGUUGGUGUUGACAGAAGGUGAUGUGAAUGAUUGGAUAGUGUUGGGAAGUGUUGAAGUUCACUAA